CAAUGCAAAGCCAUGCUAGCUUGUUCCUAGCAGAGCAGCCUGAACGGAGCAAAAACAACAACAGGCUACUCUGAGAGGAAGGCAGCUGCAUGGACAGUGAAAACAACGACGACCAGGAUUUCACGCAUAAAAUGGCACUUUCUCAAACCAAAUGCACCAUAGCCUUAUAAUCAGCGGCGGCGGCAGCAGCGGUGCCAUGAACAGUGGACUCCCAGCUUCAGCUGCUCCGCUUGGGGGUGCCGGGAUACCCAAUGUCAAGGUGAAGUUUUGCAGAUAUUACGCGAAGGACAAAACCUGCUUUUAUGGAGACGAGUGUCAGUUCCUGCAUGAGGAUCCGUCCAUGGCAGGUCUGCAGCUGCACGGCGGCGGUAGCCCCGUCCCGUUGUCCAUGGCUGGGGGUGGCGGGACGCCUGCGGGGUAUUCCCUCGGCGGCUCCGCGGCGGCUUGCCAGAGCGGCGGGGGGACCGGUGUGUCCAAAAAGAACGAAACCUUGGGGCCUGCAGGCACGUCUCUGGAGGGGCAGCUGUUAACAAUCCCGGGGAUGGAGGGAGCGACCCUGAGUGAUGCCAAUCUCACCAACUCUUACUUCAGCAGCAGCUUUAUUGGGGUCAAUGGGUUUGGAAGCCCAGCAGAGUCUAAGUACUCAAUGAUGCAGCGAAUGACUACCAGCAGCAGUUCUCCUAGUCUCCUCAAUGAUGGUGCCAAGAACUACAGCCACAGCACUCAUGAUCCAGUGAACUCCCCAACAUCUUCACUGUUCAGUGAUUUUGGUGCUCUUAGCAUUUCCCAAAGGAGAAAGGCUCCUAAUCCGGCAGCAAGUGAGUUUAUCCCUAAAGGAACUCCACGAAUGGCUACCAUGGCUCAGUCCACUGUCCAGGCCUUCCCCUCGCCUCUCUUCCCUCAUCCUGCCCUGAGCACUUCCACAGCGGCUGCACUGGCACCAGGAAUGUCUCUGUCUGCGGGUUCUUCUCCUCUUCACUCCCCAAAAAUUACACCUCACACCUCACCGGCUCCACGUCGACGUAGCCACACACCAAACCCUGCCAACUACAUGGGGCCCACCACUGCCUCUGACCAGGGCGCUCACAUUAUCCAAAAGGAGACUGUCGGUGGAACGACCUACUUCUAUACGGAUAACACGCCAGCACCAAUGGCUGGGAUGGUGUUUCCUACCUACCAUAUCUACCCCCCCACUGCACCCCAUGUGGCUUACAUGCAGCCCAAAGCGAACGCCCCGUCCUUCUUUAUGGCUGAUGAACUCAGACAGGAGUUGAUAAACAGGCAUUUGAUAACCAUGGCCCAGAUUGACCACUCAGAGAAUCCAGACGUACCAUCUGAAGUGGACAGCUACCACAGCCUUUUCCCACUGGAACCCCUCCCUCCACCAAACCGUAUGCAGAAGACCAGCAACUUCAGCUACAUCACCUCCUGUUACAAAGCCGUCAACAGCAAGGAUGACUUGCCUUACUGUUUGAGGAGGAUACAUGGUUUCCGCCUUGUUAACACAAAGUGCAUGAUGCUGGUGGACAUGUGGAAGAAGAUUCAGCAUUCAAACUCAGUAACACUGAGGGAGGUCUUCACCACCAAGGCCUUUGGAGACCACUCUUUGGUGUUCUCCUACGACUUCCAUGCGGGUGCAGAGACUAUGUUCAGUAGGCACUUCAAUGACCCAGCAGCUGAUUCGUACUUCACCAAGAGGAAGUGGGGACAACAUGAACCUCCGCCACCACGGCAGCAUGCAGGUUUACUUCCAGAGUCUCUGAUCUGGGCCUACAUUGUCCAGCUCAGUUCAGCCCUGAGGACCAUCCAUACCGCUGGCCUCGCCUGCCGUGUCAUGGACCCCAGCAAGAUUCUAAUUACUGGCAAAACCAGGUUACGGGUGAACUGUGUCGGGGUGUUUGAUGUCUUAACAUUUGACAAUAGUCAGACCAAUCAUCUUGCCCUAAUGCCCCAGUACCAGCAAGCAGACCUCGUCUCCUUGGGCAAGGUGGUGCUGGCGUUGGCAUGUAACUCUCUGGCUGGCAUUCAAAGAGAAAACCUGCAGAAGGCAAUGGAGCUGGUGUCUAUCAACUACUCUUCAGACCUCAAGAACCUCAUUCUGUACCUGCUGACUGAACAGUCUCGCCUGCGCAGUGUCAAUGACAUCAUGCCAAUGAUUGGAGCCCGGUUCUACACACAGCUGGACGCCUCACAAAUGAGGAAUGAUGUCAUUGAGGAGGAUCUGGCUAAGGAGGUGCAAAAUGGCCGUCUCUUCCGCCUGCUGGCCAAACUGGGCACCAUAAAUGAGAGACCAGAGUUUCAGAAAGACCCUACAUGGUCAGAGACGGGUGACCGCUACCUGUUGAAGCUUUUCCGGGAUCAUCUGUUUCACCAGGUCACGGAAGCGGGGGCGCCCUGGAUCGACCUCAGCCACAUUGUCUCCUGCCUCAACAAACUGGACGCUGGCGUUCCUGAGAAGAUCAGCCUGGUGUCUCGGGAUGAGAAAAGUGUCUUGGUUGUGACCUACUCGGACCUGAAGCGCUGCUUCGACAGUACCUUCCAGGAGCUACAGGCUGCGGCCUCUGGCUCUCUGUAG